AUGUUUUCGUUGUCUGUGUGCGAUCAAGUUCGCUUCAAGACUAAAAAAGGUGUUGUGUUUACUUCUUUGCCGGUGUAUGUGGAGUUUGGGAAAAUAACUAAAGGUGAUAAAAAUAGCAAAUACGUGAACAGUAGUGAUUGGUAUAAACUGAAUUCCGGAGACUGGGAUACAAGACAGGUGGCUUCACCAACAGAUUUACUACAUGCUGUAAUAGCCCUCUACAACACAUGCUUACCAGAUGCCACAGUACAGUCAUUAUACAGAACUGUAUGUGCUGAAGGCACGAAAACACUCUUGUUACUUCGAGACACUUCCGAAAUCUUGCAAGAAUGGGAAAGUCACCACCUGCCGAGCUCUGCGAGUCAAUCCAGGGAAGAUUCCUUAGGAGAAAUCAACAAUAAUCCUGCUCUAAACCAAACAACCAAUGACACACUGAAAGAAAAGACAACCAGCAACGAAAGCUCAGCUGACGAAAACUGCGAAAAACAAGAUGACGAUCGAACACGAGACAUUGUGACAUCAACAUGUAACUCCGCCAGAUCCACGCCAGACAGAGAAUUCGACAACCAGCAGCAUUCCACCCCCAAAAUUGAAAAUUCCUCCAGAACUACGCCGACAAUAACUACGACCAAUCUAACCGAAGGGCAUUUGGGGGAAGAUUGGAGACCUUGGACACCAAAGACGAAUAAUAAUUAUUUGGAAAGAUUCCGACCUGUAGACAACAGUCCGGAGAAAGUGCUCAGUCCUUUGAUACAGACUUCCAAAAACCGAAACUUGCCCCCUCCAGCUCCACAGAGUGAAAGCAGCCGUGGAGACCCCGGAGAAAUACCUGUGGAAUCCCCUUUCUCAGAUGUCUUCAGUGAUUCGGGAGAUGAGUCAGAAACUGGAAGUGAUAUGGAAGAAGAUGACGAUCACGAGGAUUUCUCCAGAGGUUUGGAUGCAUUCCUGAGGGCAGUGGUAGCCCGCAAAAAAGAACGACGGGUGGCUCUGGAGAGGUACUCGUUACAGUCUACGCAUGUGGGCAUAGAACACCGUCUCAUUGCCGCAGCCACGUUCAACAAGAACUACAGAAUUCCGGGAACUAGAGUUGUGUACCUUUCACUCCUUACUGUGAGGAAACGAUUUCGUCGAUGUGGCAUUGGUAAAUUCAUGUUGAAGAAACUAAAAAGCCCUUCACAAGUGGGACCAUAUGAUGCCCUUGUAGUGAGAGCUGAUCCAGUAGCUUUGAACUUCUUCCUCAGAAACAGCUUUACUGAUGAUUUAAUACUAAACAGUCGCUUCAGGGAACUGGAAGUGGAUGGCUGCCCAAAAGGCACUCUCCUCUGUUAUUUACCUCCAUUCGACGGUCAUUAUCCUCCACUUCCAGGAGCCCAAGAAUGGAAUAGUGCUGAUGCAAUGGUAGCAAUGGAGGAAGAAGUAGAAAAAUGGAGACAAAAGAGCUUAGAAGCCUAUCAGACUCAAGUGACCUGCUUGACAAGAUUACAGCAAGAAGUUCUCAGGCUGCAUAAUUUGCUGAGGAGGCAAGAUUCCACAAUACAGUUCCUGAAAAAAGAAAAUCAAAGGCUCCAAGGCAGACUAACAAAAGUUGAGAGGAAUUCGGCACAAGCACUGAUAGAUGUUUUAGAAAAAGAAGCAGCAGACUUCGAGCGUUUUUGUACCAUCCAGUAUCAGAAUACCGAAGCAAGAUGA